GUUGGGUUUCUGGCACCCGACGACCGAGGUGCGCCCUGGCCGCGGCCGCGCGUCCCUAAUUGGCCCCGCAGCCCCUCCUCCACCCCGCCCGGCUCGCGGCGGCCCGAGGGCUCCUCGCCGGCCACCCCCGCGGCCCGCAGCGCGGCAGAGGCGGGAAAGCCACGCGCCUGCGCCGUGGGAACCGGGGCCGGAGGCGAAAAGCGGGGAGCGGAGGGGGGCCUGGGAGCCGAGUAGCGUACAGAGCGGCGUGUGACGCGGGGACGCCGCGCGCUCCCAACGUCGCCCCGGUUUGACGCACACGGCACCAAACUGCUAAGAUGGCGGCGGCGGCGGAGGAGGCGGAGCUGGUGCUGCCCAAGGAGCCCGGGCCCCGGGUUCGGGGAGGCGGCGGCCGCGGGGGGCGGCGGAGCCUGAGGUUUGAUUUAAUUUUGAAUGAGGUUGCUCCUGCAGCAAGAUGUUAAUAAGACAAAAUCUAGUCUUAGAUUGUAAGCAAAAGAAAUCAAGGUCAAGAUCUGGAAGCAAGAAGAAAAUGCUAACAUUACCUCAUGGUGCUGACGAGGUUUACAUUCUCAGAUGCAGGUUUUGUGGCCUAGUCUUUCGUGGACCAUUGUCUGUUCAGGAAGACUGGAUUAAGCACUUACAACGACACAUUGUAAACGCUAACCUUCCCCGGACUGGAGCUGGCAUGGUGGAAGUCACGUCACUGUUUAAAAAGCCUGCUUCUAUUACAGAAACUUCAUUUUCUCUACUAAUGGCAGAAGCAGCUUCAUAGAACAAGGAAACCUUUUAAAUAGCAAAUAUGAAUUGGGUGUAAAUUUGAGAUUUUUUGUCUUUUUUUUAAGCCACAUUAAAUUAUCCAUUUAUAAAUACUAAAGCAGGAAAAAGGGGAAAAGUGAAUUAUGGUGACAUCAGAACAAAUAGAUUGCUUCAAACAGUAAGUGGUCUAUAUAUUUUAUAUAGGACAGAAGAUGUGUUUUCAACGUUUACUGGAUUUUGUCAGUUAACUGUAUUCAUUCAAUAAAAGAUCAGUACAUGUAAGCAGUCAUUAAUAAACUGUUGCACAUGGAUAUUUAAAGACAGACUUAUUGGAAAGUUAUGUUUUCUGCAGUGUUACCAGAAUCAAGGUUCUGUUUAUUCCCUACAAGACUUGCAUUGAAAAAUAAGAUAUUAUAUUUUGUUUGUAUGUAGUGUUUUGUAUAAUACCUGGAACCGCUAACUAAAUUUACUCAACUUAGGGCAUUAAAUACCAUGUACUUCAUAGAUUGAGACUGUUCACUCAUAUAGGGCAGAGUACUAUUCUAUCUAAAUGUGUUUAAGUGUUUUUUUAAAAUCACAUGGAAUGGUUUUUUUUAUACUAAAAAGUGGAGGGAGAUUUGUUUAAACAAGUAUUUCUAAAAGAAAUAUGUACAUAGUCCUGGAAAUUAUUUGUGGUAAGGAAAUAUUCUUUACUCCAGUUGCAUUUCUCAGACAAUAAAGUGGUGCAUCCAUGCUACCUCCUACUUUGUCAACAAAGAUGCUAUUUACCCUUUACAUUUUUUGUAUCAUAAUAGAUUUUAAAAUCUAAUGUUCUUUAUUGCAAGGCAUCCUUUUGUUAACAGAUUUGUUUCUUUUUAAUGUUUUACCUAAAAUUUGACAUGCUUACAGGACAGGUUUGCCUCUUUAUUUAACAUUGUAGAAAUGUAAUUAAUAAAUGAUGCUCACUACACACUUUAGAAUAGGCUUUCUCAUUUAUAUUCUCUUCCCAAAUUGAUCAGUAGCAAAACUUAAUAUACCAAUUGAAAUAUUUCUACAUAUGAUGAGAAUGUUUACAAUUUAAAUUUUAGAACUUGUUUUGGAUGUGAUUAUAUGUACGAAAAUCGUGUAACACUAUGCUAUGCUAAGAACCGACAUAACGGAAUUACUGAAAUAAAUGUGCUGUGAGGAAUGGAAAAUAUGGUGCAGAUGUCUUGGUCAUGAAAUUGUGAUUCUUCCUUUCAACUUUUCCAAAAACAAAUUAGUUCUUUUAAUCUGAAGUCAGAUUCCUUUACAAAUGACAGUUUUUAUAUGCAAGCACCAUUUCAUUUUAUUUCACGUAGUAUGGCUAAUACUAUAGUUGAAACAAGGAUAUGCAUUGAUACUUUUCUUCGUAUGUAAAUAAAGUUUAAAACAUUAACUAAGGAGUAUUUUGGUAGAGUAUAUACAUACCUCACUGCCAGUGAAAUUGCUUUCCUAUGGUAUAUCUCCUUACCAGAAAAAUCUCUAAAUAAAAAAAGACUUAAAAUUAUAA